UCCGCUUGGUACACUCCGGGUUAGGAACUGUUGCUCCUCAUCCUCGUCCUCAUCCUCAACAGUCCCCGGAUUUCCGGGUACACAAUCUCAAACAAUGCUGUCGUCGUGCUUUGGACUUUGCAAGCCCUCGUCCUCUGAGGACCGCGAACCCCUGCUCCCACGUUAUCAAGAUGACACAUCACUACAGAGAGAGCUUCAUCAGAAGCUUCAUACUUACCAGAUGCUUCGCGCCUUGUCGAAGGGGUAUAUGCCGUCGAAUGAGCAGGUCAUUAUCAAUCUUCGCACCAUCUUGGCAGCUGACCUUCUCAACCCGGACAAUGAAGGACUAAGUGACUCCGGCCAAGCCCUCGUACACUAUACGAAGCAAUGGCUGAAGCAAUUCAUCGAGAUGCUGCAGCAUAAGAACAGCGAAGAUCAAAUCCAAGACUUCAUAUGGAACUUGUCUAACGCCAGGGUGUCGAUCGAUAUGGCGGCCGUCGCCGAACGAACGUCGAGGGCAAAGGCAAAGGCAGACACUGCGACCACCUACAAGAGCUUGCAGACCGUGUGCUCCUUGCUACUGACCAAUUCGGAUUUCCGACUCUUCUUGUCUGACUUGAACACCGUUGGUCGAGAGGUGUUCAAGGACACAGCCUUCGCCUUGUCAGAAGCCUCCAAGGAUGCUGGCUUGAAGCUUGAGCCAUCAGAGGCGGAGCAGGAUGCUCUGAAGAAUCCCGGCGCAGAUGCAUCCCAAGAGCCCACUCAAGGAGACUUGCAUGCCCAGGCGGCCGAGGUAUCCAACGUCCUCACUGAGAGCGCCACGAAGGUUAUGCAAGGGGUAGAUGAUAGCGUAGCCGGCAAGGUCCGGGGGCCUGAGAAGGACACAAUGUUGGCCCGGCUGAAACAGGCAGUUCAGAAACUCCGAAAGAGGCCGGACUACACGGAUUCUGUAUCAACGCUAUCCCUCCUGCUCAAGCGUUAUGCCAUGGUGUAUUCGCAUGCCGUCCAGGAUGCAGUCCAGGCCACCGAGGAAAAUGUCGAAAGGAAUGAGGAGACAGAUCGCGCUGUGAGCAAUUUCUGGAGGUUCAUCAAAUCUUUUGGCGACAGCGAGGAAUGGGACGAGCUCGAACGGAGGUUCAACAAGGUUAUGACUUAUGGUCAAGGCAAUCCCCAGUUUGAUGAUUUUAUAAGGCAAAUGGGGAAUGCCCUCCAAGACAUGCUCACGGACCCGUCCUUCUUCGACAACGCCGAGCAGCGAUUCCAAAGACUUCGCGCCGAGUCUCGCGAGCUCGCCUCCGAAUCCUCCCUGAGAGCGGACAUUGAUGGGUUACUUGGGAAGCUUCAGUCAACCUUCCAUUCCGUGCUCCGGGACCAGGAUGUGGCAAGGCUGUUGGAUACGUCAACUCGCAUAGCCAAGAUCCUCUCACCAGCACAUGAGUACACCAAUGGAGAGUUGAUCACGGACUCCAUGCAUGUCUUCGUACCACUGGUCGUCCAAGCCAUCCAAUACGUCCCUAUUCCCCGUCUAGAAGUCUCGACACCUCAAAUCGACCUCCUGCUGGAAAAUCUCAUUCUCGAACCUGGUGUGACCAUAAACCACUCGUCGUUUCUGCCAUACAAGCUGCGGAUCGAGACUUACAAUGACCUGGAGAUACGGAAGGGGCGAUUCCGGACCACCUCAGCUGUGAAGUCUCUCGUCCGAAUCAAGAUCGACGGCAUCUCGAUACGGGCCGAGGAGGUUGGAUUCUGGCUUCGACUGCACACGGGCAUAUUCCGUCUUGUCGAAGAGGGCAUAGCCUCGUUCCAACUCGAUGAGCGGGGCAUUGACGUCCAUCUCGACGUCGAAGUCGGCAAAGACAGGCUUGAGAAGAUAUUGUCUCUGCGGGCGGUGCGUGUGCAUAUCCACAAGCUCGACUACAAGCUGCGCAAGAGCAGAUUUUCCUUCCUCUCAUGGAUCUUCAAGCCCGUCUUGAGCCUCAUCAUCCGCAGGACCAUGGAAGUUCAAAUCGGAUCGGCGAUAGCGGACGCCCUGCACUUCGCCAACCGAGAACUCGUGUUUGCAAGGGAGCGGCUGCGGGCAACCCGCAUUGCGGAUCCGGACGAGCUGGGGACGUUUAUCAGGGCCGUUGCCGCCCGGCUCUCACUGCCUGAAGAUCCGGAUGUCCGCACGCGCGUUGGCGUUGUGCAGCCGGGGGAGGGCGUCUUCAAAGGGAAAUACGCGCCCGGGAGUGUUGUUAAGUUAUGGAACGAGGAAGCUGGGGAGGCGCCACAGCGCAUCCGAGAACAGGAGAGAGAUGGCUGGCGAAACGACAUAUUUGAUGUACACACGAACGGUGUAGCGUAGAUCUGAGGAUGGUUCCCUAUGGGGUUUUACAUAUCUGACAUAUUAUGGCGGCGAGGAGGCUCGCAUCUGAUGAAGGCAGAGAGGAGGGCAAGUUUGUGAUGGAUGCAUGCAUGCUAUGUAGGUAGGGAGGUACUCGAUACUUGAGAUAUGCAUCAUUCCGAGUUCUAGGCACACGAGAAAAGUAAAAAGGUGGGGACUGACAUUCGCUGCGACAUU